CCUUCAUUCAUUCAAAUCAUCAACAACACUCAAAUCUCUUCCAUCUCCAAUUCUCCUCCUAAACACAAAUCAUCAACAAAAGACAACACUGAUCUGAAAUUCUUUAUAUCAUCCAAUUAAUCUCUCAUCUCAUAUUCUCAUGGCUUCCUUACAAAUCACAUCCAUACUUUCUUCUUCUUCUUCUUGCCCUUGUUCUCUUAGAAAAGUCAACGCUUCAAUCCAUGUCCCAAAACCUCAUCAAGUGUUUUCUUCAUUCUCAAAAAUCCCAACAAGAAAGCUUCAAAUUGAGGAAAUCAAUGGAUUCACAGAAACAACAACCCCAUUAGAAUUAAAGAAUGCAGUCAGCACACAAAUAUAUGACACUUUCUACAGCCCAAAAAAAUCUAAGGCCAUCACUCUUCAACUCUACGCAAUUCUAGAGGCAGUAGCUGACAGAGUUGAGAUGCACAACAACGUCAGAGAACAAAGACAAAAUUGGAACACCCUUCUCUUAAAAUCCAUCAACAUGAUCACUCUCACCGCCACAACCAUGUGCGGUGUUGCAGCCGCACAUGGCGGUGACGGUGAAAGUUCACUUCUAGCUAUGAAGCUCUCGUCAACUCUCUUGUUUUCUGCUGCCACAGGGUUGCUUCUCAUCAUGAAUAAGAUCCAACCAUCACAGCUAGCUGAGGAGCAACGCUGUGCUACAAGGCUGUUCAAACAGCUUCAAAGUGAAAUUGAAACAAAAAUUGCUUUUGGAAAUCCAACCGAGGAAGAUGUGAAGGGUUCAAUGGAGAAGGUGUUGGCACUUGACAAAGCUUACCCACUUCCCUUAUUGGGUGCAAUGCUUGAAAAAUUUCCUAAGAAAUUAGAACCUUCUGUUUGGUGGCCUGCAACUCUGUUCCAGUGGAAGAGUAAAACAGAGCAAGGUAAAAUGCAGGGGAAGAAAACAGAGUACAACAGGGUUAAUGGAUGGAGUGAGGAACUAGAAAUGGAAAUGAGGGAAGUUAUUGAAGUAGUGAAAAGGAAAGAUGCUGAGGAUUAUGAUAGGCUUGGAAACAUUGCAUUGAAGGUUCACAAGAGUUUGGCAAUUGCAGGGCCUUUACUAACUGGCAUUGCAGCAUUGGGGUCAUCAUUUGUGGGAAAUGGUCCAAUGGCAGCUAUAGUUCCUGUCAUGGCAGGGUCAUUGGCUUCUGUGAUUAAUGCAUUUGAACAUGGUGGCCAAGUUGGGAUGGUGUUUGAGAUGUACAGAAACUGUGGUGGAUUCUUCAAGCUGUUGGAAGAGACAAUUGAGGCUACACUUGAAGAGAAAGACUUGGAAAAAAGAGAAAAUGGUGAGAUUUUUGAAAUGAAGGUAGCAAUGAAGUUGGGAAGAAGUGUUUCUGAGCUCAGACAACUUGCUUCUAAAUCUGGUGCUUGUAGCAUGGAAGGAAUUGGCAUUGAUGAAUUUGCCAGCAAGCUCUUUUAGGAUAACAUUAAUUGAUUUCAUGAGGAUGCAUUCAUUCAUUCUCUAAUUCUUUAUUAAUUGUAUAUAGUCAGUCCAAUGACAUGACUUUAGACAGAAGAGAAGCUGUAUUUGUACAUUAGGGAAAUUGACUCAAUGAUAUUUAUUCAUAACUUUUCAUAA